AUGAUGAUGAUGAUGGUGCUGAUUUCCCUUCCUUGCCUCUUUUCUUUCCCACCCUGGUGGGGCCUCUGCCUGAUGCACCUCCCACGGGAGAACCCUUAAAAAAAAUAAAUACACAGGACAAGCUAUUUUAACACCCCCUCCCUCCCUCCCUCCCUCCUGGAUAUUUGCAAGAGCUUGCAAGGGAAGGAAAAUCCAAAAGCAGCAAACGCUUGGUUCCUCUCCGGAGCAGCCGGAGCGUCUACGCGGCAUGGAAAGGAGGAACCGUCCUGGCCGGGUGGUGGUGGUGGAGAAGAGAGGCGAAGCUGCAGAGCAUUUGCAGCAGCCGCGCGGGAGAAGCUAGGGAAGGAAGCCGGGGCUUGCCAGGCAGGAAGGCCGCUGGAGCCUUUCUGCAGCCCGGGAGCAAGGCGCCUGCUGCUGCUGCAGCCGCCGGAGAUUAGGCCUCUGCCGCGCGCUGCAGACCCGGGAGAAGGGAUUGCUGCCGGGGGCAUCUUCAUCGCCAAGCCAUGGGAGGGAGGCCUUCUGGCUAAAUUUCAAACGCCGUUGUGUGCUUUUUAAAAAUAAAUAAAGCGUGUGUGCUUAAACAGCCCCCCCUUUAAAGUGCUUUCUUUGCAGCCGGAUAUGGGGCCAAGCGAUUUUCCUGGGGAGGGCCUUUCUUUGUGUGUCUCUUAACGUUAAAUGCAUUAGGAGGCCAUGUCUGCUCCCUCCCCCCCGGCCCCAUGCACACAGCCCGUAAGUGGGUAUUUCUUGCGUGCGGAAAGAACCCGCAGGAGACUGCAGCACAAUGGCCUCUUCCAUGUAUACCUUCUGGGCCUCUUUUGUUUUCCCAAAACUGGCGCAGCCUCCUGCUCUCGCCCGCGGCGCCCUUCCUGGGCCUCUUGGUGCAGUGCAGGCCUGCGCGCUUUUACUCAGGAUUUCUGCAGUGGCGCUUACUCCCAGAUUUGCUUCUAAGCUAUUAACGUGACCAUGGGAGAUAUGAAGACCCCGGACUUUGACGACCUCCUUGCGGCAUUUGACAUCCCAGAUAUGGUUGACCCUAAAGCUGCUAUUGAGUCAGGACACGAUGACCACGAAAGCCACAUCAAGCAGAAUGUGCAUGCUGACGACGAUUCUCACGCACCGUCGUCGUCCGAUGUUGGCGUCAGCGUCAUUGUGAAAAACGUGCGGACGAUUGAUUCCUCUGAAGGAGCGGAGAAGGAAGGCCACCCCUCUACAGGCAAUGGCUUGCAUAAUGGGUUUUUAACUGUUUCGACUCUAGAUGGUUACAAUAAAGAAGACUGCAAAUCUCACAAAGACGAGGGCUCUGUUUCGGAGACAACACUGAAAGAAUCUACCUUCAACCAAUUUAGCCCUAUCUCAAGUGCUGAAGAAUUCGAUGAUGAUGAAAAAAUUGAGGUGGAUGACCCCCCUGAUAAGGAAGAGAUGCGUGGGAGCUUCAGAGCGAACGUAUUGACAGGGUCCGUCUCCCAGCAGGAUUAUGAGAAAUUAAAGGUACUUGGAGGGGAAAACCUGAUGAAACCUGGCGUUGCAGGUUCCGGUAAUGCCGAUAAAAAUAAACUUGUUAAAAGAGACUCAGAAACAAACUCUACGCCUUUGGGUAUGUACGAACCCUUUAAAGCGAGAAAAACAGAUGAUAAACUACACAAAGAAAAUCCCGAAAAGGUACAUGAAAACCGGGUACUUGAUGGGAAAAUAGGCGCUGAGAAAGCGGAAGCAAACCUCACCAGUGUUUCGCAGUCGAAAGCAAAGUCAUCAGCAAAACUCUCCUCGUGUAUUGCUGCCAUCGCGGCACUUAGUGCUAAAAAAGCAGCAACAGACCCUGUGAAAGACCCACAGUCUACUUCUAGAGAGCCGUCUCCCUUGCCAAAAGAUAUGAAUGAAAGCCCUAGGGCCAUUGACAAAUCACCUGAACCUCAGAGUCUCAUUGACUGUGCUAAGAAACCCUCCGUUAAGCAACCUGACAGUCCCCGGAGCGUAUCGAGCGAAAACAGCAGCAAAGGGUCUCCGCCGUCACCCGCAGGCUCAACACCAGCAAUCCCGAAAGUCCGCAUCAAAACCAUCAAGACAUCGUCUGGCGAAAUCAAGAGGACGGUUACGAGAGUGUUGCCAGAAGUUGAUUUGGACGGCAGCCGCAAAGCAGAACAAACGGCUUCCAUGGUGGCGUCCAUGACUUCGCUGCUCUCCUCCCCGACCUCCGCCGCAGUCCUUUCUUCUCCCCCUCGGGCACCCCUUCAGUCGACGGUCGUCACCAACGCCGUUGCGUCCGCAGAACUCACCCCGAAGCAGGUCACCAUUAAACCCGUGGCUACUGCUUUCCUUCCAGUGUCGGCUGUGAAGACAGCAGGAUCCCAAGUUAUCAACCUGAAGCUCGCGAACAACACGACGGUGAAAGCCACCGUGAUAUCUGCUGCUUCGGUGCAGAGUGCCAGCAGUGCCAUUAUCAAAGCUGCCAACGCCAUACAGCAGCAGACUGUGGUGGUGCCAGCGUCUAGCCUUGCCAGCGCAAAACUCGUGCCAAAGACAGUCCAUCUUGCCAACCUUAACCUACUGCCUCAAAGCGCUCAGGCCACCUCCGAACUCCGCCAGGUGCUCACCAAACCUCAGCAGCAGAUCAAGCAGGCAAUAAUCUCUGCGGCGGCUUCGCAGCCUUCGAAGAAGGUGUCCCGGGUCCAGGUGGUGUCGUCUUUGCAGAGCUCCGUGGUCGAGGCUUUCAACAAGGUGCUCAGCAGUGUUAACCCCGUCCCUGUUUACAUCCCGAACCUCAGCCCCCCCGCCAACGCGGGCAUCGCUUUGCCCCCGCGCGGCUACAAGUGUUUGGAGUGCGGAGACUCCUUCGCCCUGGAAAGGAGCCUGACGCAGCACUACGACCGGAGGAGCGUGCGGAUCGAGGUCACCUGCAACCACUGCACAAAGAACCUUGUUUUCUACAACAAGUGCAGCCUCCUCUCUCACGCCCGCGGGCAUAAGGAGAAAGGGGUGGUGAUGCAGUGCUCCCACUUGAUUUUGAAACCCGUCCCAGCGGAUCAAAUGAUAGCUUCUCCGACAAGCAAUAGUUCCGUCGCCUCGUCUGUCCUUCAGAGUUCCAUCGGGAUGGGCGCCCAUACUGUUGCCAAGAUACAGUCCAACAUCACCGGAGCGGUCAUCUCGGCUCCUGCAAGCACGCCUGUCCCUCCAGCCAUGCCCCUGGACGAAGACUCGCCAAAGCUGUGCCGGCAUAGCUUGAAGUGUCUGGAGUGCAACGAAGUUUUCCAGGACGAGACGUCUCUAGCAACGCACUUCCAGCAGGCUGCAGACUCAAGCGGACAAAAGACGUGUAGUAUAUGUCAAAUGCUGCUACCCAACCUGUGCAGCUUUGCAUCGCAUCAGAGAAUUCAUCAGCACAAAUCGCCGUACACCUGUCCCGAGUGUGGUGCAAUCUGUAGAUCGGUACAUUUCCAGACCCACGUCACAAAGAACUGCCUGCACUACACUCGAAGAGUUGGAUUUCGCUGUGUCCAUUGCAAUGUGGUAUACUCUGAUGUAGCGGCGCUCAAAUCCCACAUCCAAGGUUCUCACUGUGAAGUCUUCUACAAGUGUCCCAUUUGUCCAAUGGCAUUCAAGUCGGCACCCAGCACUCAUUCCCACGCCUAUACGCAGCACCCUGGAAUCAAGAUAGGGGAGCCCAAGAUAAUCUACAAAUGCUCUAUGUGCGACACAGUGUUCACCCUGCAGCCUUUGCUGUAUCGCCACUUUGACCAACACAUCGAAAACCAGAAAGUGUCUGUCUUCAAGUGUCCAGACUGUUCACUUUUGUACGCACAGAAGCAACUCAUGAUGGAUCAUAUCAAGUCUAUGCACGGGACGCUGAAAAGUGUCGAGGGGCCUCCGAAUCUGGGUAUCAGUUUGCCGCUGAGCACGAAGCCCACCACUCAGAACUCGGUCAGUCACAACAAGGAGGACUCCAAAUCCGUCAACGGGACAGAAAAGGCAGAGAAGAAGUCCCCCUCCCCUGUGAAGAAAGCAGAGCCCCCGAAAGUCCCCAAUCCCGGCUGGACGUGUUGGGAAUGUGAUCGCCUGUUUACUCAGAGAGAUGUUUACAUAUCCCACAUGAGGAAAGAACACGGAAAGCAAAUGAAGAAGCAUCCUUGCCGACAGUGCGACAAAUCCUUCAGUUCCUCGCACAGCCUUUGCCGCCACAAUCGUAUCAAGCACAAAGGCAUUAGGAAAGUUUAUACCUGCUCGCACUGUCCGGAUUCAAGGCGUACUUUUACCAAGCGGUUGAUGCUCGAAAAGCAUAUUCAGCUGAUGCACGGCAUUAAAGAGCCCGAUGUGAAAGAGAUGACAGAAUCCAGCAAUGUAGGACAAAGCACGGCAAAAGAAGACGCGAAGGUUCCCAGUCCGAAGCGUAAAUUGGAAGAGCCUGUACUGGAAUUCAGGCCCCCUCGAGGCGCCAUCACUCAGCCUCUGAAGAAGCUAAAGAUCAACGUUUUCAAAGUCCACAAGUGCGCAGUCUGCGGCUUCACGACCGAGAACCUCCUUCAGUUCCACGAACAUAUUCCCCAGCACAAAUCUGACGGCUCUUCGUACCAGUGCAGGGAAUGUGGCCUCUGCUACACCUCCCACGUCUCCCUCUCCCGCCAUCUCUUCAUCGUACACAAGCUGAAGGAGCCCCAGCCCGUCUCGAAACAGAAUGGGUCGGGGGAAGACAGCCAACAGGAGAACAAGCCCAGCCGCGAGGAGGAGUCGUCUGACAGUGCCGUGUCCGACAGGAAGUGCAAAGUUUGCGCAAAGACCUUUGAAACAGAAGCGGCCUUAAACACCCACAUGCGGACACAUGGAAUGGCCUUCAUUAAAUCCAAAAGAAUGAGCUCAACUGAAAAAUGACUCGCCCCUCCCUCCCACCCCACACGCAUAUCCCAAAAGCGAGAGAAAGAAGAAGCCUUCUCUACUUCAGAACGUGACUGACCUUUCUUUCUUUCAUUCAUUUUUGGUACAGAAAACCUGCCACACAAUGGAGAUAACAGCUCUUCACACGCUGUUGCAAUAUAUUCUGUACUGAAAAUAAUAUCUUCUUCACCUCAUCGCUAGAGAGAGAGAGAUAUAUAGAGAAAUAUAUAUAUACAUAGAUAUAUAUAACCCCCCUAAAGACUUUUUUUUAAAAAAAAACACUCCACGUGAAAUAAAGCAGUAUUUGAGUUGAACAGAGUUUGUAUAUAUUUAAACAGAUAAUUUUUAUACUCUUUGUUAUGUGUUGGUAUUGGUAUUUAGUGGGAAAUCCUUGUUUCGUUUUGUUUUUCGGUUUUGGUCAGUUGUUUUUGUUGUUUUUUCCGGACAGCAAGUUCAUUUUAAAACAGAGUUCUUCAUAUUAGGGCAUUGCUUAGGUUUCCGUUAAACUGCGUUGGGGUGGUCCCUUUCUGAUGUCACUAAAACAUCAAGGGAACACGCCCGUCUGUUCCAUAACUCUAUGAUCAUGCUAGAGGUCACAUGGGAGGAGCCAUGAGUCCCCCAGCUCUUUUCCAUGUUACCAUCAUCCUUCUUGGAAACCAUGGUUAAUUCUGGCAUGUUAAGGAGCUGUACCAUGUGUCAUUGGACUGCCACACGAUCUAGAGCUUCUGAAAUUGCCAGUGUUGUGUGUGUGGAAACGUCGCACAUUGUGGUGGCUCACACACCUUAGCAUUGAAGUCAGAGGAAGCCUACGAAUAUAUAUAUAUACCCAAGGGAGGAUUGACAAAACUGCACUAGAAAGCAAAAGUUAAAAGAAGAUAAAUGAAAGGCAAGUAGCUUUUUUGUUUGUCUGAUUGCUUUGUAGUUACUGGAUUUAUGCCCCCAAAUAACAUUCUUAACGAUCAGGAGGAUUUAGAAUAAUUUUAUUAUGGCCUCUUGCAUAAACAUUAUAGGUGCUUUUUUGGAAAAUCUCCCCGUAUUAAUGUGAGAGGGCAUUUCCGUGUGUAGACAACACAUCGGCUACAGAACCCAGCUGCAGUUUCCUGCAGAAAAGCCCCCCUGAAAUAAUGGGAGCUGCCCCAAAGCGCUAUCCUUCCUUUUCAUCACUUCUUACGUGUAAGGAAUGCCCUGGAGGGUCUGUGCUCCUUGUGUUUUAAGCAUCAUGCUCUUUUGCUCUCUUCCACUGCACUUUUGAGAGAGGACCUUGGACUCUUUCGAAAGCCCUGUUGAGGUGCUUCAGUAUUUUGCUGCUUAGCUGCUCCCAGUUAAACAAAUAUGUAGAGUACUGUGAAUUGAGUUUACAAUGGUGGAGAGGCAGGGAGAAGGAUCGUGCGCUGUGUCAUUUCUUAAACACUACAUUGAAAAACCCGUGAAAUGAUGUAUUUUUUGUUUGAUGGAGAAGGCUGAAGCCUGGAUGCUUGCAUAAGAUGGUAGGCGGCGCCAGUUUUAUGUUAGAUCAGGUGCUCGGAGGCGUAGGAUAAAUUUGUAGCCCCCAUUGAAAAGCUAACACCCCGUAGGUCAGACUAUGCAUCCAUUUAGCCCAGUAUUGUCCCCUCUUGUUUCGCAGCAGCUUUACCAGGAUCUCGGGCAGAAAAAAGGGUCUUUUCUGUCACCUGCUACCUGAUUCGCUUUAACUGAGGCCGCCAAGGAUUUGCUUCCCUCUCCUACAGAUUUUGUUUCCGUUGCUUAUUGAAACGUAGACUAGAUCGGACACCAGAAUGCACAACAAGGAAUCUGGGAGGCUUUCUAGAGCUGCCUUCCUCUUCCGGGUAGAGUUCUGCAAAGAGCGUGCAGUCCCCACUUUCCCAUGCUCACAUGGGAAGCCUUAAAGCAAGGACAAGGGAUUUGGACAGGUGGGUAGGGCAGCCCACCUGUCCAUCAUAUAAUUGACAGGGGGGGUUGCCCUGCCCACCUGCCAAAGCUGGCACAGUCCCAUCAGUCUGAGCCAGCAAGGCCCAGCCCUGGGAGAUGCUGAGAGUUGUAAUGAUCUGGACCACAGGAAAGGCUGUAAUGAUCUGGACCACAGUGAGCCUUGCAAACCAUGGUGUUCUUAUAGCAGUUCCUGUUAUGUGAUUUGGGAAUAGCAUGGACUGUGGGAACAAGAGGGAUUUAGUGCAGCGCUGUGUGUAGGAAGCAUCAGUGUUUCUGAAUAACGGUUGUUGUAAACCACAGAAGGGGAGAGAGCUCUUGUGCUCACCAACAUUUGGUCAGCUGCUGUAAGAACAGGAUGCCGGACUAGAUGGGCCAUUGGCCUGAUCCAGCACACCCUUCUUCAGUUCUUAAUGUAUUCAGCAGUUCUGUUGUAUAAACAGUAUUCAGCAGUUGUUAUAAACAGGGCACCUGGCACAGAAUCCUGUAUCGUUUGAAAUACCCUUGUUUUACUCUUUUUAAAGCAAGUCUCUAGUUCUCAGAGGAUGGCUGUUACAUUCUCAGAAGCCAAAGGACAGUAUGAACAGGAUUUCUAGCGGCUAGGUUCUAGCCACUUGGAAAUGGUGCUUCUGUGUAUAAGGUGGUUCUUUGCCACGCCCUGAGAUUAGGAGAGACAUUUAAAUCAUGAGUAUAUGGAGAGGUGGUUAAUUUGCAUAACUUACACAGGUGGCAGAAUUCAGUUUUUGUUGAUGCAGCGUAUACAUAGUGCAGGCCUGAAUUUGUGUGAGCUACGUUUGACCCUUCAUAGCAAGCAAUGGGACUUGCCUCUUGUGCUGUGUUUUAAUCUGAGGCCUGAGUGAUCUCUUAAUGAUUGGUGAGCUUCUGAGACAGGGUGGCCAAACAAACUAUGACUGAGGAAGGGCACUGGGGUCAUAUGUAAUGCCAAGCCAGAUCUACAACAAACCAAAUGUUCAUAAGCUAGCAGCUAACCAUUACUCCAGACUGUGUUUUGCUGGUAGAAGUAAAAAAUAGAAAACCAAAAUAUAGUUAAGCUGCUGGGCAGGCUUCACACAUAACACUACGCCAUUGUUCAGGAAACCAUGGUUUAGCAUUAUGUGCAAACCAGGCCAAUGCUUUAAUGUGUAUUUGAGGAUGGUUGUGGUUUGCAAUGGUUGGUUUGUGCACUUAGGAAUACAUAGGAGUGAGUUGAUUUCUAGUGUGUUCCUCUGAAUUGGCCACCUAGUGAGUUUCAGCUUCACGUGCCCUUCCUUCCUCACAGUCUCUUGGUCUCGCUCUCCAAUUAGUCGACUAAAGUUUUGAAUUCUGAACUACCCGGUUACUAUUUUCAAGGUUGCUUGUCUUCGGGUUAACACAGACAUAAGCCAAGCACCUCCCACUGGCUCUUUAUGUUGCUUUCAGCUUGUUUUAGCCUCUCGGUUUACAUAUAUGAGGAGGAGAUGCAUUCAGGUGCAAGCAAUCGCAGAAAGAUGAACUGAGAGGUAUGUUGCCAAGGUGAUAGAUGGAAAGGGUACUAUUUGAGCACUGUGAGUCUUUUUCAGAGCGGCAUCAUAUAGUACCAUGCUGCAUCACAUAAAGAUGAAGGACCAUGAAGCACUCUGAAUAAUGAAACUGUUCUAUACGUGAAUAAUACUACCUACAUAGUAGUUCUAAUUUUGCAGGUAAAAUGUAAUUUCUUUUUAAAAAAAAAAAUGAAAAAGAGCGAGGCCUGCUGUGUAAUUCACACAGCUCAUAGAUUUCUUAAAGGUUCUGGACCAUACCAGCAAUUAUAAAAUGUUUUGGAAUUUUCAGAGUGCUUCACAUAAAUUAUCUCAGUACUCCUUACAACAACCUUGUCAGGUAGGUCAGUAUUAUUAUUAUUAUUAUUAUCACCCCCACAUUGCAGAUGGCUGCAUGUGCGUGGACAGAGCUCAUAUUUAAGGCAAGAUUUGAACGUGGGGUUUCUCAGCUCAUAGUCUUAACCCUCUGCCCUAAACGUACGCUCUCGUCUACUCUGAAUUGCACCCAAAGUCUCUUGGGACAAAUAGUGUUAGCUCAGUGUUAUGCGGUUCCCAGAUCGCCCAAAUUCUCUACCAAAAUGUGUUAACGUGGUGGAGUAUUUGGGAUUAAUGGGGGAAGCUGGUGGCAUGUGUUUAAAAACACACACCACGUUGCUAGAUCUCAUGGUUAUGGAGUUAGCAAGGAUUUGAAGAAGACUGUCAGUGGUUUCUAGCCUUGAUGGCUUUGCUCUGUCACCAUGGUUGAUGCCAAUAGUGCUUCUGAAUACUAGUUCCUGGACACUACAGAAGGGGAGAGUACUCUUGUGCUGACAGGUUUCCCAUAGGCAUUUGGUUGGCCACUGUGAGAACAGGAGGCUGGACUAGAUCUUAAGAUCUUCUAGUUUUAUUUUCAGCAUUUAAGGCAGCUUUCUCCAUGCAUUUGUCCAUGCCGCACACUCACAUCCCCAUGCGAGUUAUGACAGACACCCACAAGACUAUUCUGUGCCUCUU